GAGUAGCCAAUGGGAGCCGCACGGCUCUGUGUAGCCAGUUUGAUGUAUCAGUAAGCGUGAACACCCCAUUGCCUUUACUGAGGAGGUUGCAGCUUGGAAUUUGCCGUUGUACACCGCCAGUCGCUAUUUUGGCUGCUCGGUCACGGCAGAUAUUUCAGUCGAGAACCUCCAGAUCUGCCGAAGAAGCGGGGGUCGUCGGUACACACGGAGGAGGAGGAGGAUGAUGCUGCUGUUGCUGGAGGCCGGCACAUCUCUUAUAGAAAAUGCCGUGGAAAGGGUGGUGGAGGGUAGCUUCACAUCUACGGUGCUGGUCACUUCAGCUUUUAUCUUGAGUGUGGCGUAUUUCUCCAAAAUGACUUUAAAACAGGCUGAAAAUGAGAAGGGCUUGAAAUACCCACCUUAUAUUCAUUCCAAUAUUCCAUUCCUUGGACAUGCAAUUGCUUUUGGAAGAAGUCCAAUUGAAUUUUUAGAAAAUGCAUACUGCAAGUACGGUCCUGUGUUUAGUUUUACAAUGGUUGGGAAAACAUUCACUUAUUUGCUGGGGAGUGACUCUGCAGCUUUGCUCUUCAACAGUAAGAAUGAAGAUUUGAAUGCGGAGGAUGUUUACUCCAGGCUGACAACACCAGUUUUUGGCAAAGGAGUUGCUUAUGAUGUCCCGAACUCAAUAUUUCUGGAACAAAAGAAGAUGCUCAAAACUGGUCUCAACGUUGCUCAAUUUAAACAGCACAUCCCUCUGAUUGAAGAGGAAACCCAUGAGUAUUUUAAACGUUGGGGUGACAGUGGAGUUGAAAAUUUGUUUGUGGCUUUGUCUGAACUGAUAAUUUUAACAGCCAGCCGUUGCUUACACGGUAAAGAGAUUCGAAACCAGCUUAACGAGAAGGUUGCACAGCUCUAUGCUGACCUUGAUGGUGGAUUUACCCAUGCUGCUUGGCUUCUUCCUGGUUGGUUACCUCUUCCCAGUUUUAGGCGACGGGAUAAAGCACACCAAGAAAUCAAGAAUAUUUUCUAUAAGGUGAUCCAGAAACGGAGGGAGUCAAGUGAGAAGGAGAAUGACAUAUUAGAGACCUUAUUGGAUGCUACUUACAAGGAUGGUACCCGUCUGACUGACGAUGAAAUUGCAGGUUUGCUUAUUGGUCUGCUGUUGGCAGGGCAACAUACCUCCUCCACUACUAGUGCUUGGAUGGGAUUUUUCUUGGCUAAAGACAAAGAGCUGCAGGAACGUUGCUAUGCAGAGCAGAAAGCUGUGUGUGGGGAGGAUCUGCCACCUCUACACUUUGAUCAGCUGAAGGACAUGAGUUUGUUGGAUCGCUGCUUAAAGGAAACACUGAGGCUUCGUCCUCCAAUAAUGACGAUGAUGAGGAUGGCAAGAACUCCACAGACUGUAGCUGGCUACACCAUUCCUCCUGGUCACCAAGUGUGUGUAUCUCCUACUGUUAACCACAGACUUCGGGACACCUGGUUUGAGAGAUUCGAUUUCAAGCCAGAUCGCUUUCUCCAAGAUAACCCAGCAGCCCUGCAAAAGUUUGCAUUUGUACCUUUUGGUGCAGGUCGCCAUCGUUGCAUUGGGGAAAAUUUUGCAUUUGUACAGAUCAAGACCAUCUGGUCCACCUUAAUUCGGCUAUAUGAAUUUGAUCUUGUUGAUGGAUACUUUCCAACAAUAAAUUACACAACUAUGAUACAUACUCCUAAUAAUCCAGUAAUUAGAUACAAGAGGCGAAUGAAAUGAGAACUGGACUAAUAAGUCAUUCUUGUUUUCAGUCAUGCAUUUAGUUAUAUGGCCCCAAAAUUUAUUUCAUUGAUCUAUUGCAUGCUUACAACUAAAAUUUAAAUGAACUAAUUUAGAACUGAUUAUUUAUUACAUGUAUGAUCGUACUGUAAGACCAUUAAUUUCAUUUUUAGAGCUGAAAUCUCAACUGGUAGGAGGCUUUGCCAACAGUUUUAUAGAUGAGAAAUUUGAAAUUCUGAUGUCUGCUGCUAUUAAAUAAUAAAUGUAAUUGGGCUUCCCCAAAACAACACAACAUUAUUACCUGGACUUUAUUAAUAUUAAAUUACUCAGUUCAUUAAUUUAAGUGGAUGCUGUCUCUUCUGGCAGCACUGUUUGAGUUAUCAGAAAGUAAAGCAGCUGACUCAGGCCCUUUGUAUUUUUGAUUUCAUACACAGCGAUUAUACCCCAUCUUCUCAACACUUACAAAUAUGUACAUUGUGCUUACAGCAUUAGGCACUUUGCACUAAUUUCUCUUAUGACAGCUAGUUUUAAAUAAAUACAUUGAGGAAAUGAAAAGAUCAUUUCACUUUUAUUGUAAUUUUCUUCCAUUAAAAGUAGUGGGAAUGGGGUACUAGCAUGAAGAUUAGAAUGAGUAAUCUGAUAUUCAUUUCAUUACAAUGAAUUAUUGAAUAAUUGAGUUGAGAAAUUGUGGAAUGGCCUCUUAACAGAGCUACUGUAUAUCAAAACUUUGUCCCCCAACUUGAGUUUGGGAGGAAGAACAUGGUUCAGUUUAUAGCUUCUUAUAUCUAGAUUGCUUUUAAUGUUGGAUAAAAUGAACAUUGUUAUAAUGUGCCCAAAUGUUUUGUGAAUGAUGAAAAUGAUUUCAAUGCAACAAUUAAUCUUUUAAAAAAGUGAAAAACAAUAUUGAGCCCUGUUGAAGCAAAGCCCACUAAUAUCUUUUAACAUUUUAAGUAUAAAAUAGAAACGAGUGAAAUCUUCAAUUGCAAUAAAUUCAGUGAAUCUA